AUUGGAUCGAUUAAUUUUAGAAUAUAAAGAAGUGUUAUCAUCGAUUGAUAGUAAUUUAGAAUCAUUAUCAAAAUUAGCACCAGAAUAUAUUACAAAUUUAUCCCAACAAGAUGUUGUUAAUAUUUGUUAA